AUGUGGUGUUUUAAUUUUAUCUUCGUUAUAACUUUAAUAGUAUGUACAACAGCAUCUCCUCUGUUUAACGAGACAAGUUACGCCGGUGGUUGUACAAUUACUUCUUACUCGCAAGUUAGUACAGUAGUAAAAAGUUGUACAAACAUAAUUAUUAAUGGACUUGCCGUACCUGCAGGAAAAACUUUGCAACUUGACUUAAAAUCUGGAACUACUUUAACUUUCCAAGGUACUACAUCUUUUGGUUAUGGUACGAAAUGGGAAGGGCCACUAAUCUUUAUUACAGGAAAUAGGAUUAAUGUGAUUGGAGCUCCUGGUUCAAAAUUAGAUGGACAAGGACCUCAUUACUGGGAUGGCAAAGGUGGCGCAAAUCCAGGAAAACCAAAAUUCUUCAGAAUUAAAGCUACUGGAGGAUCAACGUUCUCAAAUAUCCACUUGCUGAACUGUCCUAUUCAAUGUGUAUCGAUCCAAAACUCCAACCAACUCACUUUAUCAGGAUGGAAUAUUGAUGUUUCCGCUGGUGACAGAAAUAAAUUAGGACACAAUACCGAUGGAUUUGACACUUCCAAUUCAGAUACUGUUACAGUUAGAAACUCAGUUAUUAAGAACCAAGAUGAUUGUGUUGCUGUUAAUUCUGGAAAAAACUUACACUUUUCAAACUUGCAAUGUUUUGGUGGACACGGUCUAAGCUUGUCUAUUGGAAUGAGUAAAACUGAUCCUUCUAAAAACCAGGUAUCCAAUAUAACUUUCAGUGAUUGUACUGUUACAAAUUCCCGUAAUGGUAUCCAUGUUAAAACGCAUUCAGAUGCUGCUCGCGGAUCUGUUAAUGAUAUUACUUAUAGUAACAUAAAAUUAUCUGGAAUCACCUACUAUGGAAUCAACGUACAACAAGAUUAUGCAAAUGGCGGUUCAACUGGACAUGCAUCAAAUAAUAUUCCAAUUAAAGGGUUAAAAAUGAAUAGGAUAACUGGAACUAUGACUGGAUCUAAAUCAUCAGCAAUUUACGUACUUUGUGGAAGUGGUGCAUGCUAUAACUUCAAUUGGUCUGGAGUAUCCAUUUCUGGUGCCAGCAAGGGUAGUUAUUGUAAUUACAAACCACCUGGAGUUCAAUGUUAA